AUGUUUUUUACCAUUCAAAAUACCCCUAGCGAUUGGGCAUACCAUGCGGAGAAGUCGGAAGAUUUUUGCUUGAGCUCCAGUAACGGUAGCUUUUGGCCCCGGGGGAAAACGCUGGGCGGAAGUGGUGCCAUCAAUGCGAUGCUGUACGUACGAGGCAAUCGAAGGGACUACGACCGGUGGAGUGAUCUGGGAAACACUGGAUGGGGCUAUGAAGAGGUGCUGGAGUACUUUAAGAAGUCGGAAGAUAACCUUGACGCGGAAAUUGCGAAUGCGUUCGAUGGGAAAUAUCACGGAACAGGAGGUUACCUGAAGGUUCAACGGUUUCCAACGGAUAACUACAUGAUAGACGUUGUAUUGAAGGGUGCCCAGCAGAUUGGUUAUGAGGAGCUUCAGGACGUCAACGCUGAUAAAAAUAUAGGAUUCGGUAAACUGCAGGGGACGAUAGCCAAUGGAGCGAGAUGUAGUCCUGCGAAGGCUUUCCUGGUACCCAUUAAAGAUAGACCGAAUCUACAUGUUAUGAAGCAUACCCGAGUAAUCAAUCUAGAAAAGGACAAAUCUGGAAAAUUCAGCACAGCUAACAUCUACAUGCAAGAAAAGCACCUCAGAUCGGUCAAAGCCAAUAAAGAGAUUAUUUUAUCUGCCGGUUCUAUCGGAACUCCCCAAAUUCUUAUGCUUUCAGGUAUAGGACCCCAAGCGGUGUUGAAGUCUAUUGGUUUAGAAGUAGUUGCUGAACUACCUGUUGGAAAGAACCUUCAAGACCACCCAAUAGUUCCGGUACUGGUCAAACUGAACAAAUCUACGGCAAAGAACUACAACUCCUAUGAAGAGUUGGUCAAAAACAUGAACCAGUAUUUGUUGGCGCGUAAAGGCUCGUUUGCAGCUCAUGGAGUGACAUCUGCUUCAGGCUUUGUCAAUACAGUUAACGCUACGGAUCUUUAUCCGGACAUACAGUAUCACUUUUUCGAAUUCAACAAAGCUUCUGACAAGUGGAUAUUGUUCACCAAACAGGUAGGUUACAAUGAAGAAGUGUCGCAUUCUUUCCGAAAAGCUUCCGAGGAAGCAGAUGUUCUGAUGGUGGUAAUCACCCUGCUGAACCCCUUUUCCAAGGGUUCGCUAGAGGUCACGACUCAGGAAUGGCUUCCCUACAGAGCACCCAAGAUAUUAGCCAACUAUUUAGAGGACAAACGAGACGUUGAAACUUUCAUUCGCGCAGUGCGAUUGUUGCAAAAGUUGAUAGCGAGCGAAGAAUUCCGAAGAAACGAAGCCGAAAUCCACCGGAUGGAUGUCAGUGGAUGUACGGAAAUCGA